CCGAGAUUAGGGCACGGCCUAAUAUCUAUACCGAAGAACCAAGGAGUUCUGGCCAUAUCUCCACCCUUGAUUAGUAAAACAUAUUGCGAGAGUCAUUGCCGGCUCUUGUAGCUAUGCAUACACAGCACGGACGAAGCGUUGGACGAUCUGUCAUUCUAGAGUCGGGAAGGUUUUACCUCGUUGCGUCAUAAUCGUCUGUAAGCAAUUCAGCGUGCUUUUGGCUUGCGGAGAUCGAUUUCAACAUCAAGGACUGGGGUUUGUGAGCUUAUUGCUGAUUAAUUGAGCCGAACACAAAGAAAGACGAUCUGUAUUUAUUCAUUAAGAAGGAGAGAAGAUUGACGCUCUCAAAGAUUUUUGUUAAUUCUUAUACAUUAACUUUGGAUCAUAACCCUGAAUCAAAUUGUCAAUCCAUCUUCAAUACCUAUAUCGAUCGAGUUAGGAGCCAUCAUGAGUCUUGACAGUCGCCCUCGUUACUCCUCCCCCGACGCCAGCGCUGAGCCCCUGAGCCAGCCUCUGGAACUUCCCUUUUCCAAGCGAAUGGUACCCAAUAGGUUUCUAAAGGCUGCCAUGUCCGAAGCUCUUUGCUCGUGGGAUCCGGUGGACCCCUCGAAACGGGGCGUACCCUCACCAGAACUCGCAACUCUGUACCGCCACUGGGCAGAAGGUGGUUGGGGCCAGAUCGUGACGGGCAACAUCAUUAUCGACAAUAUGCAUCUCGAGGCAAGGGGAAACCCUACUAUUCCCAAGGAUGCACCUUUUGAAGGCACUCGCUUUGAAGCCUUCAAAGCCCUGGCCGAGGCUGGAAGGAGCGGCAAUGGUCUCUUGGUGGGCCAAGUAUCGCACGGUGGGCGUCAGGUUGAUGCAAGAAUUCAGCCUGAGCCAGUCAGUGCGAGUUCUGUCCAGCUUUUCGCCCCGAUGAUGGGUGUCACUUACGCCAACCCCCGAGCUGCGACAGAGGAAGAUAUCAAGGACAUCAUUGAAGGUUUUGCCCACGCAGCUCAGUAUCUCGAAAAGGCUGGAUUUGAUGGGAUACAGCUUCAUGCAGCUCAUGGCUACCUUCUCACCCAGUUCCUCAGUAAGACCACCAACAAGCGAACCGACAAAUAUGGCGGUAGCCUCGAGAACAGGAUGCGUUUAUUGCUCGAGGUUGCUACUGAAGUCAAGAACAGAGUCUCAAAGACCUUUGUCGUGGGUAUCAAGAUAAACUCUGUUGAGUUCCAAGCCGACGGAUUUCAGCCCGAAGAGGCAACGGUUCUCUGCCAAGCCCUCGAACGUGCUGAGUUCGAUUACGUGGAGCUCAGCGGAGGAACCUACGAGAAGCUUGGGUUUCAGCACUACAGAGAGAGUACCAGGAAGCGGGAGAAUUUUUUUAUCGAGUUUGCCGAGCAAAUUGUGAAACCGCUCAAAUCACUCAAGGUUUACACGACAGGCGGUUUUAAGACUGUGGGAGGAAUGGUCGACGCUAUGAAGACGGUUGACGGCGUCGGUCUUGGCAAGGCUGCUGGACAGGAGCCAAGACUGCCGAAUGAUCUCCUCGCGGGCAAAUUUACAGGAGUAGUCAAACCUGCUUGGGAUGAAAACAAUCCUGGCACCGGACUGUUCAUCACUGGUGCCCAGAUCAAGCGUAUCGGUCAGGGCAGUGAGCCUCUGGACUUAUCGGACCCCGAACAGACAGAAGGUAUUAUGAACGACAUCCAGGCCCACUUUGCUAGGCUAACCGAAGAUGAGCGAGGGUACUACUAUGGAACAGUACCAAUCUCCAGAGCUACUGUUCCCUACGGAUAUGUAUAGGUAGAAUAGAUAAAAAUAGUUUAAAGAAGCUAUCUAUAACUAUAAUACUAUUUAGUUAGUAUUAUAGCUUUGACUUUAAUUAAUAACUAACGUACUUUACUAGUCAGCGACGCAUAUUAAUUAGCGACGCACUUUUUCCUACC